AUGAUAUUGGCCACCCAGCUCAUUGCUCUCACCACCCUUGCCCUGACCCCUUCAUUGGUGUCUGCGGGCUUGUUCCCGAAAGAUUCACUUGUGAAACCUUUGGAUGCGAAGACAUUCAAGCAAGCGAUGAAGGCCAACCAAACGAGCUUGGUCGCGUUUGUGGCUCCUUGGUGUGGGCACUGUCAGAAAAUGGUGCCGGAGUACAGCAAGGCAGCUCUUGGACUCUAUCCUCUUAUUCCCACCUACGCCGUUAAUUGCCAUGCUGAGAAAAAUAAGCGUCUUUGCGCAGAACAGGGCGUUCAAGGCUUCCCCACCGUCAAGCUAUUCCCGAGGGGAAAUACACAGGCCCCCAUUCUCUAUGAUGCGGAACGGACUGCUAGUGGUUUUUGGUACUUUGCUACCAGACGAGUUCCUAAAGCCUAUGAGAAAUUUUAUUCAGUAGAUGAUAUUCCGGGAUGGGUUUCGAGUAACGUCAAGAAGCACCGCACCCUUCUUCUAACAAAGGAUAAGAAGGUGCCGCUCUUAUGGCAGGUGCUUGCCAACAAAUAUUCCCAUACUGACCUUGUCUUUGCGUCACAUCGUGACCGCAAAGGCAAGUCGUCAAUUAAAAUGGGUCUUGAGGAUACGAAGGAAGGCAAGGUACUUAUAUACCCCGCUGGAUCCACCACACCUAUACGUUAUACAGGUAUCCUCAAACAUGAUUCAUUGAUCAAGUUCUUUGACUCUGUCUUGGAUGGUACUGCCGAGUUGACCCAGAUCAUCGAGGAGGCCGAAGCAGAGGAAUUCGUUCCUGAUCCUGAAGAGCUAGAGAUCGAAAGAAAGCAGGAAGCACAGAAGAUUGCUCUUAUGCAUGGAGGAUAUACAGAUCUUAUUGACUUUGAAAAAGCAAUGUUGGAAGGCGGGGCCAAUUACCAUGAUACCCACGGAUAUGGCGCUAUGAUAGGUGGCAUCCCCGAACACAUGAAGAAGAAACAAGCAGAAAAGAAAGUUCCCCAGGAGCCCCUCGACAAACCAGAAACACCCAGCAUUUCUGUUGGCGAUGCUCCCAUCACAACUCAUCCUCCAACAGCCACCCCAGAUGUCAAGGCACCGUCAGACGCCGAUCAAGUUCCUCUUGGACAACGAGCUGCUGAAGCCACAGGGACAAGCAGGGAUGAACUGUAA